AUGUCCCGAACUCUACCACAGGGGGAGGUGCAUCACGGCCGCGAGAAGGCCGGGGGCAGCGCUUCACAGCAGACAAAGGGCGCCGCCAUGUUAGAGCCGGGCGGAACCGACCUCGCUGGCUUCCCGGCUGUAACUUCCGUCGCUUGCACAGCGCGGCUCAACUUGCGCGACCGCCAACAGGCGCAUGCGCCUAGCCACACAAAAGUUCUUCGUUUGCAGCCGGCCUGCCCCCCAAAGACUGUCCCCACAGCUCACAUCACUUGUGUUAUUGACCAUGCCACUGGAAAACAAGUCUCCCUGGUAACAUCCCCAGUGACACCCCAAGUAUCAAGACCCAGCCAGGGACAUGUCACUCUGCCCAUGAAGACAAUUGUUGUGUUCUGUGGAAAAAACACUAUGCAUGGGACUCAGGACUUUUUGCUCAGUUGUAGACCUCUUGCCGGGACCAAGGAUAUCUUGCCAUCCUACAGAGGACUUGUGGCUCCAGCUUUCCUCCCUGCCAGCCCACCUUGUCCCCAGGAUGAUCCUAAAGCUGAGAGGAGACCCUUGAAGGCUGGAGCUACUGAAAAGCAUUCAACUUGGGGCUCUGUCCAGGCUCUCUCUUCCUGUAUCUGUGGGCAGGUUGAGCAGCUUGGUAGGAUCUGUUCAGGGAAAGCCUGA